AUGAUGUCGGUCAAUCUGUCUGAGGAAGAGAUUCCCGGGUACCUUGGAGAUAUUGAAGACAAAAGUAUCAUCACCUCUGUCAACAUUGCUUGUGUGAACAGUCCCACAAACUGCACCCUCUCCGGCCUCGAAAAAUCUAUCGACGUUGUCAAGAGGAGAACAGACGAGGAUGGUAUUUUUGCGCUUAAGCUUAAGACUGGGGUUGCAUAUCACUCUCCCUCAAUGCAAACCAUCGCAGCGGAGUACCUGUCGCUUAUGGGCAACCUCGAAGGGGUUGAUCGUCGAGAUUCAAAAGCCACCGCGGCAGUUCCGAUGGUUUCUUCAGUGACAGGCAAGGUCGUCCGUCCUGCUGUGUUGGCCACGGCCCAGUAUUGGGUAGAUAACAUGGUGCUUCCUGUGCGAUUCAGCGAUGCCGUGCAAACUAUAACCCAGGCAUCGUCAACACUCAAGGUUGGGUUGGGCAACAUCACUGACCUAGUUGAGGUUGGUCCGCACCCAGCCUUACGCCGACCAGUACAAGACACUGUAGGCCAAGAAAAGAAUCGCAAUAAACAGAUACGAUACGCAAGUGUUUUACACCGAUCGCAACCGGCCAUUCAAUCCACAUUGGGUCUCGCCGGACGGUUAUUUUGCUUGGGGCAUUCGGUCAAUAUCACAGCAGUCAACCAACAAGAUGCUGGCAAACCAAAGCCCUUUCUGGUUGACUGUCCUGAAUACCCUUUCGAUCGGUCUCAGCAUUAUUGGACCGAGUCCCGACUCAGCCGGGACUCCAGGCUCCGUGGAACAGUCAAGGGAGAAACACUUGGAGUACGGGCGUCCGAUUGGAACCCAUUCGAGCCGCGGUGGAGAAAUUUCCUGAGCGUUGAGUCGUCGCCUUGGAUUGGACAUCAUAUGAUCAGUGAUACGGUAAUUUAUCCAGCAGCAGGCAUGCUUGUCAUGGCUAUCGAGGCUGUACAGCAAAUGGUGCCGGAAGACCGAACGGCGGCUGGCUAUUUGGUCAAAAAGGCUGUUUUCACAAACCCGAUUAUAGUCCCCGAAUCGUGGGAGGAUCGGAUAGAAACGCAAGCGCGUCUGCGGUCGGUCAAAUGGCAGCAACAGGAUGAAGAUCUGAGCUUAUUCGACGUUGCUAUAUUCACGUUUUCCCGAGACAAACGGGCUGAAUGCUUCCGCGCUGAAAUUGGUGUGGAUUACGAAAGUCAAUCGCGCGAUGACGAGGAUUUCGAAAAGCGACUGGCAGAUGAAAAAACCAGAGACCAUUUCAGACGAGCCGCGCAAUUAUGCGACCAUCCCGUUGACUCUCUCGUGUUGUAUCGCGAUGCUAACGUGCACGGCUUACAAUAUGGUGAUUGGUUCCAACUAAUGCAAGAUGUCUCUUGGGAUGGCAAAGCAAACGCGGUGGCACAUGUCGAUGUGUCCAGGGAAAGGUAUCGAAGCAGCAGCUUGGUUCAUCCUGCAGUAUUGGACCAAGCAUUCCAUGUGCUGCGCGUGUGCUCCGGGCAGCAGCCUGCGGCCAACGUUCCUGUUAGCCUAGAGGAUGCCUGGUUUGCAUCUUCUGGGUGGCAGCACCCACAGACGAAUUCAAUCCACUGGCUGGGAACUUCGACAUCGAGUGGAAAACGUGGAUUCAACUUUGGUGAGCAAGGUUGUCUUCAGGCUCUGGCCGACGAUGGAACUGUUUUGUGCAUGAUUCGGAAAGCCGUCACAGCAGCGGUAACAGCAGAUGUGCCUACCAUCGCCAAUGAGAAAGAAAAGAAACUCCUAUACAGCAUAGAGUGGAAACCGCAGCUUAGUCUGCUGGAUCCUGAGCAGGUGUCAAAGAUGCUAGCCAGGGACACUGUCGCCAGGAAUGAGAAUGCCCAGGUCACCAGUUAUGUAAGAUUGCGCUAUAUAUUGAGUAUUUCGACUCUCCGUGUAUUGGGAUCUAUUGACACUGCAAACGUGCCCGACAGCUUAUUGCGGCAUGUCUCGUGGAUGAACCAUCAUGUCAACAAAUUGUCCCAAUCGAUGCACGAAUACGCAGAAAUCGCUAGCGUGGCGGACAUUGAGCAUCUGCUAUGUGAAGCCGAAAAUCUACUUCCAACAUGGCGGUUAUACACAGCCUGCGCGCGGAGCCUACCAGACAUCUUAGCCGGGGAGGUUGACCCUCUUGAAAUUGUUUUCGGAUCUGAUUUGGCCGAUACCUUUUACGCUGAUUUAUUCCAGAGUCUUUGUGCCGAUGGUCGACUCUCCACCAUCCUUGACUUGGCUUCUCACGAGAAUCCAGGGAUGCGCGUCCUUGAAGUCGGUGCUGGGACAGGCGGCAUGACAGGACAUGUUAUGACAGCGCUUCAGGAGCGUGAGAAGCGGACAGGGACGCUCAGUUUUGCCGAGUAUGAUUAUACCGAUAUCUCGCCUUCCUUCUUCACUCGAGCAAGCGAACGAUGGUCCGACUUGCAGGCUGAGGGUCGAAUGAAUUUCAAGAUACUGGACCUGGGCCGAGCUAUCGACAGUCAGGGAUUCAAGCCAGGCUAUUAUGAUUUGGUGAUCGCAGCCAGCGUACUGCAUGCUACGCCCUACCUGGAGGCAACCAUACAAAACGUUCGACGCGCCUUGAAGCCAGGGGGCCGACUUGUGCUACUGGAGGUCGUCAAGCCCGACGAUAUUCUGACAAACUUCAUGGCGGGACUGGUGCCCGGCUGGUGGGUGGCCCGCGAGGACUGGCGGCCUCAUUCUCCCGCGGUGUCAGAGGGCUUGUGGGAUCAGUGUUUAAGGGACAACGGCUUCUCUGGAAACGAUUUAGUGCUCCGUGAUUAUGAAGCUAAAGAAUGCCAUAUCACCAGCAUUAUAAUCAGUACAGCAGUUGAAAGCACAAAACCACUCAGCUCACCCGAGGCACGUCGUUUAGUCUUUCUCGUCGACCAAGAUCAAUCGAAUCAGCAGAUGCACUUUGCAAGCUUGGUUCGAUGUCAAGUCGAUCCCGACAACAAGUCGGCGGCACAAAUUUGCGCGUUCGGCUCAGAGCAUUUUCAGGGUGUGCUUCCAACGUUAAGCAAAGAAGACAUCGUCUGUUGCGUGGCCGAAGUCAAUAACAGACCGUUUCUCACGCAGCUGUCGGAGGAAACCUUCAAGGCCCUGCAACAGUUGACUAAGUUUGCGCCUCAUUUGCUAUGGGUCACAGCUUCGAGCAUUGACGACUCUGACUUCCCUGAUUAUGGUGCGAUUCAGGGUUUCUUACGAUCUAUACGCGCUGAGCAACCUGGCAGCCACUUCGUCACUCUAGCGCUCGACGGAGAGAUGGAUGACAACGAGAAUGCAAACUUCAUAGCGAAGGUAUUCCGUGCAGCAUUCGAAACUCCAUUGUCAAGCGAAGUAGAAUACAUCGUCAGGGAUGGAUUCCUCAUGACAGGUCGAGCUGUCGAAGACACCGCUGGAAAUAAAGCGAUUCGACCUCUCCUGUCUCCGCAGCUGAAGCAAAAGACAUGGGCCGAAGGGCAAAAUUUGAAACUCUCUAGCAGGGUACGUGGCGAUAUCGACUCUCUAUGCUUUGUUCAAGAAGAAAAUGUUGGAAAUGACAUUGGGCCUCAUGAAAUUGAGAUUGAGAGUCACGUUUGGGGGGUUAGCCCCCGAGACGUCCAAGCUGUUCUAGGCCGCUCGGACGAUGACCCUGACCAUCUGCCAGGGGAUUGUGCAGGUAUAGUCACGCGAGUUGGCAAGGAAUGUGGCCCGUCAAUUCAACUGGGUGACCGUGUUUGUAUGGUGGCCAGAGGCUGCAUGCGCAAAUAUCCUCACGCCAACGAGAAUUAUGUGAUGAAGAUACCGGAUGCUUUGUCGACAGAGGUUACCAUCGCAAAUCUCGUUCCUACUAUGACUGCCUUUCAUGCACUGUUAGAAGUUGCUCGACUGGAACACGUUGACUCUGUUCUAAUCCAUUCGGCUGCCAGUGCCGUUGGACAGGCAGCGGUUCGUCUCGCUAGAGGGCAAAGAGCAGAUAUCUUUGCUACGGCAUCUUCACCGGAAGAGAAGCAAUUUUUGGUGGAGUCGUUGGGGGUCCCUGAGAAUCACAUUUUCUCCAACCGAAAGGCCUCGUUCUUCCAAGGACUCAUGCGUGUCACGGAUGGAUACGGAGUCGAUGUUUUACUGAACUCGCUUCCAGCCGAGGAAAUGCUACAAGCUUCGUAUAAGUGCCUUGCUCCUGGUGGGCGAUUUGUUGAUAUCAGCCGGGCGACGAUUGGAUCCAAUACAGUUCUGCCUUUAGACGCCUUCGCUCCAAACGUCACAUUCUCGGUGGUUGAUGUUUUGGAGCUUCCGCGACGAAAACUUGCUACGGUGCUGAACCAGGCAAUACAUAUACUAGCUGAAGAGAAAGUCCAACCUUGUCAGCCAUUGCGAAUAUUCAAUGCAUCGGAAAUUCGACAGGUCUUCCAACAUAUCCAGGUAGAAGAGAUCAUCGGUCGCAUUGUUAUUCGUCUUAGACCUGAAGAUGUGGUUCCGCAAUUCGGUCAUGAGAAGCCAACUUGGACUUUCGAUGGGAACGCAUCUUACUUGAUCGCUGGAGGUACUGGUGGUCUAGGUCGGGCAAUUAUGCAGUGGAUGGCUGAUCGCGGAGCGAAACAUCUCAUUGCGUUGUCCCGAUCAGGUCCUACUUCAAAGGCUGCUGCCGAAAAGGUAUCUGAGCUCACUGCGCGUGGUGUCAAGAUAUUCGCCCCUAAAUGCGAUGUCUCCUCAGAAGCAAGCUUUCGCCGGGUCCUAGAAGAUUGCAAGCUCACCAUGCCACCAAUAAAGGGAUGCAUCAACGCCAGCAUGGUUCUUCAGGACGCUAUUUUCCAGGAUAGCAUGGCAUUUGAGCAAUGGGAACUGACGAUGCGUUCCAAGGUGCAAACAUCGUGGAACUUGCAUCGAUUCCUUUCGGACGAUCUUGACUUUUUCAUUCUGUUUGCGUCCCUUGCCGGUGUGGUUGGCCAGAUGGCCAGCGCCAACUAUGCGAGCGGGUGCACCUUUCAGGAUUCCCUUGCACAAUAUCGCGUCUCUCGUGGCCAAAAAGCUCUCUCGCUUGAUCUCGGAUGGAUGCGGAAUAUCGGCAUCAUCGCUGAAACGAGCGCAUAUCAGAGACAGCGUGAGGGCGCCGACGACAUGAACCCGAUCGGUGAUACUGAGCUUUUCGCUUUGUUGGAUCUAUAUUGCGACCCGAGCAAUCCAGUCCCUGUGCCGAACCAAGACCGAGGACAGGUGUUGUUUGGGCUGCGCACACCAGCCGAUGUCCUGAGGGAGGGACGAGCUCCGCCAGCCCUGCUCGAGCGACCUCUGCUUUCCACAUUCUCGUACAUCACCGACAAUAGCAUGAGUAGAAACACAGACGGAGCACAAGCAGUGAAUGCGGCGGUUCUCUUCUCCCAAUCGAGUGACUCAUCCGAGCAGAUUCAAAUUGUCCUUCGCGCUCUGGCAGUCAAAUUAGCUCGUGCUAUGUCUAUUUCACCGGAUGAUGUCGAACCUAGCAAGCCUUUAUCGGCUUACGGUGUUGACUCACUGAUGGCGGUGGAACUGAGAAACUGGGUUGGAAGAGAAUUCGGGACUACUGUCGCCGUGUUUGACUUCAUGGGCGGCGUUUCUAUUGCCCAUUUUGCUGAUUUGAUCGUUGCGAAGAGCAGUCUGAAUAAGGAUGUGGCUUGA